GACGGAUUCUUGUUCAGCUUUAACUAUUUUUGAAAACAGAUGAAUCGUGUAUGAAAAUUGUGCUUUUAAACGUGAAUUUGUUAUUUUUGUUUCGUUAAAAAGUUUUAUUCUAAAUCGUAACUUUAUCUAUAGUUGGUUCGGUUUCAAUUCAAGAAAUAUGUGCUCUAAUCUUGAUACUGAUAUACCUGUCGCUCUGUCAAAGAUCAAAUUGGACCAACUUCAAUUUUGUAAAAGAUGUCAAGGAAAGCCUUUUGUUGUUAUCCAAAGGAAGGAUGUUUUUUGUCGUGAUUGUUUUUAUGAAUAUGGCUCUCAUAAGUUUAGAUCAACAAUCGGCAAAACGAGGAAAGUUAAGCCUGGUGAUCGAAUCCUGGUUGCUUUUUCUGGAGGUGCGGGAUCUUCAGCUAUGUUGGACAUGAUUGAAGAUGGUCUAAAUAAAUCUGCUAAUCACAAAAAAUUGAUGUUCUCACCAACAAUUUUGUAUAUUAGAGAACUGAAUUAUGCAAAUGAAUCGGAUGCAAUUAUCACCCAAAAAACACAUAAGAUUGUUGAAAGGCUAAAAAAAUCAUGUUUGUCAUCAAUGAUUUCUUCGAUGGAAAUGAUUUACCAGGACAAAGAAAAGCCAACUUUUGUGGAUUUAGGUGAUUUUGAUCCUUUAGAUAAAGAUUGUCCAAUCAUCAAUGAUAAAGCACAGUCCAAAUUUUGGUCUAAAAUCAAUAGUUUAUCAACAGACACGAGCAAAGAAGACUUUUUAAGAAUUUCAAGACAGCAAUUGAUACAAAAGGUUGCUACGGCUGGAAAUUUCAAAUAUAUUUUCGUUGGCAAUACCUGCACAAAAACAGCUAUACAGAUGUUGACUGAUCUAGCGCAAGGAAAAGGAAGUCAAAUUACUUCAGAACAUUCUUUUACCGAUAGUAGAUUCAAUGUUGAGAUUCUUAAGCCAAUGAGAGAGUUUAUCAAAAAAGAAGUGCUUUUCUGGAAUAUUUUAAGAGGAACUGAACCAGUUGAAUGGUCAACCAUUACAACAUUUAAAAGUAAUAAAGCGAGUUUGAUGAAAUUAACAGAGAGCUAUAUAAAUGGGCUUGAACAUGAUUUUCCCGCCACUGUUUACACAAUUUUUAAAACUGGUAAUAAAUUGAAAUUCCCUGAUCCGAAUGGAGUAAUCUGUAAAUUAUGCAAAUCCGUGAUCGAUCCUGAACAAAGAUGUUCUGCGUCCAAUGCUCUUCAAUUGUCUCAUCAAUUGUCCAAGAAUUUGGAUGAUGUUUUUAUAAAUGAUGGCUCGGAUAGAAUUUUAUGCUAUUCAUGCAAUAAUCUUGUAAAUGAAAUUAAAAUCGAUUCAACUGUGUCCCCACAGAAAUUGGGAAUAGCAGAUUAUUUAUUGUAUGAUUAAAUUUUCCUCAUGUAACCAUAUAUUUCUGUUACUUAUUUCCGUAUAUUUUCGUGUUAUUACUAGAUGAAUUUCGAGGAAAAAUGACGAUUUAUUAUCAAAUUGAUAAAGUACAAAUAUUUUUGAUUGGUAUUUACAUAAUGUAUUGAAAUGUAAGAAUGAGAUAGAAAUAAGCACAUGUGUGCAUAAGGGUAAAGUUUCCUCUACACUUCGCACAAGUGUUACAUGUGUAAUCACACUAUGGUCAAAUUAAAAAGAAAUUAGCUGCAAAAUGAUUCCUAUUUUAGUUUAGCAACAUGAAACUAUCUUUGAUUCUGAUUAUCCUGGCCAGGCGGGGGAUCAAUACCAUUAGACAGAGGAGGACCACCACGGCCUCUUGGUGGUCUAUCAUUACCUCUGCGAUUGCGUUGUGCUAGAUCAUAGGCUUGACCUUGUACUGGAACAUAGCCUCGACCCACUCCUAGAUCCAAGACUCGAACUGGUGGAGCUGGUGCUCGUCGUGGUGGUGGUAAUAGCACUGGCGCUGGCACUGGCGCUGGAGCGUAAAAGCGUUGCACUUCAGGGAUCGGAAAAGCGGCUCGAUCC